GGCAGUCUGUGCCAAGUGACACCUAGCAGCUGCUCCGGUGGUUUUUCUGUGGUCUCACCCCCACGGCUUUGCCUGUUGUGAAGAUGUCCAUGGUGUUUCUGUGAAGCUGAGGCAUGGCUGCUGGAAGGUUACUACUCUAUGCUGGCCUCUCUUUAGCUCUGUGUGCCCUUGGCAUGCUGGCUGUGGCAAUCUGCUCUGACCAUUGGUACGAAACUGAUGCCAGGAAGCACAGAGAGAGGUGCAAGAGCAUCACCACUAAGAGAAAUGAUCCUGGCUUCAUUUAUAACUCCAACAACAACCUGCCUCUCAGGGCCAGCAGGUCUAGGUUGGACCGCUGGGAAGGGAAACUCCUCUUGGCAAGAAACAGGAGGCAGAUCUUUGCUAUGAGCGCGGUUGACGAGUGCAACAGACAGUACAACUCCACCAACAUGGGGCUCUGGAGGAAAUGCCACCGGCAAGGAUUCGACCAGGAGCUGGAGGAGCUGAUUGCCAAAGGAGCGAUCGAGCGGUGCUCGUACAUCAAGUACCACUACUCCUCAGCCACCAUCCCCAAGAACCUCACCUACAACAUCACCAGGACCAUCCGCCAGGACGAGUGGCACGCCUUGCAUCUGCGCAGGAUGACAGCUGGUUUCAUGGGCAUGGCUGUGGCCAUCAUCCUCUUUGGAUGGAUCAUUGGCGUGCUGGGGUGCUGCUGGGAUCGAGGCCUUAUGCAGUAUGUGGCAGGGCUUCUCUUCCUCAUGGGAGGAACCUUCUGCAUCAUUUCACUGUGCACGUGCGUGGCUGGGAUCAACUUCGAGCUGUCGCGGUACCCGCGCUACCUGUACGGACUGCCCGACGACAUCAGCCACGGCUACGGCUGGUCCAUGUUCUGUGCGUGGGGCGGCCUGGGGCUCACCCUCAUCUCUGGCUUCUUCUGCACCCUGGCCCCCUCUGUGCAACCUGUCCCCAGGACCAACUGCCCCAAAACUAGACCUGAGAACGGGACAGUGUGCUAA